AUGGACGAUCGCCAGUCAACUCGGCCCAGCCAAACGACCGAUGACCUGGACGAAAUAACGAAGAGCAAAGGGAAGAACAAGCAGCCGAUAAGCAUUGCUAAGAGCACAAGUAACAAGCGUCAACAGGGGGACUCGCUGUCAGCUCUAACGAGGCUUCGUGAAAAGAGUCAGCACGCGAGAGAACAAGCAAACGCUAAGCUGCUGGAACUUUAA